AUGCAAUACAUGUCAAUUGAGAAGAAGGGUACAGUUGAUGGGAAGAUUCCUGAGCACCUAAUAUUGUCAAGCAUCGAUCAUACAUGCCAGUGUCUCCAUGCCACUAAAGAAUUAUUAGCUCCAGUUCCUCAUGCUAGUGAAGACAUCCUUGAUUUCCUUGCUGCUCAAGCAGAACUACUACUCCAUCUUAUUAUCUCCCUAUACAAAAGGUUGUCCUUACCUGCUAGUGUGCACAUCUGGAAAACCUCGGGUUAUGGCCUCAAAGUGUUGAGUGGCUUCAGGCCAGGAGUUGUUGGUGGCAGAACAACAAUAAGGGUUUUACUUGUGUUGCUCCUCUUGUCAGUUGAGUUGAUUAGAUUGAAUUCAGGUUCAGAUGAGGUGACUCAGAUGGAAUCUGUUGAAGUCGUUGCCGAGGCAACUAAUGCAAGUUUGGGGCUAUUACCCAUUCUUUGCAACUGUAUUGAACCGGCUGACAACUGUACCCCUAUCCCUGACUACUAUUGA